CUUUGGUUGUUUGCAAACCAGAGAGGAAUUUUGUGAUGGGUUACUGAGGGAUUCCAUUCAGUUCCUGAAGUCUCUGCCUGCUCACUAGACUGCCACUUGGUUUCCUCAGUCCAAAUCAAGCAGCUGGCAUAUCUCUCUGAGCUGUGUCUGUAGUCUCAGAUGGCAGCUUAUCCACAGCUCUGGCCAGAGACCCGGCUCCGUGACCUGGCCCCUUUUAGGAACAACAGAGCCCAUGAAAGCAGCAGGCAUUGGAAAGCUAUUCACUGCAGGAAGCCCCAGCAUCCGGUGAGAAACAAGAAGUAGGAGGCACAGGAUGUGCCUUGGGUCAGGGGGACAAGAGCGGCAGCAGUCUCCGUGUCAGAGCUCCUGGGGCUCGGCACUCAGUGCCCCUGGGAGCACAGCUGGGAGCUGGAGUGCAGGCUCCUGUUGUCACUGCAGUCACUGAGGGGUUUCUGGCCUCCUGAGAGGGGGACUUAGAGGCAGAAUGGCCAGCCCCAGGGACCUGCUUCUGCUGCUGCUCCUGGGCCAGCCCUGGGUGGGGGCUGCUGCCCACACCACAGAGGCUGACGCAGCGGAGGCUGUGGUGUGUGGAGGGACUGCCUGCUACACGGCCCACUGGGGCAAGCUGAGCGCGGCUGAAGCCCAGGGCGUCUGUAGCCAGAACGGGGGAAACCUGGCCACGGUAAAGACCAAGGAGGAGGCCCGACUCAUUCAGCACGCCUUGGCCCAGCUCCUGAAGCCGAGGGCGCCCCUGGCAGCGAGGAUGGGCAAGUUCUGGGUGGGGCUCCAGCGGGAGAAGGGCAAGUGCUUGGACCCUGAGCUGCCACUGAAAGGCUUCAGCUGGGUGGGUGGCGGGGAGGACACAGAGUAUGCAAAUUGGCACAAAGAAGAGCUCAAGAGCUCCUGCGUCUCCAAGCGCUGUGUGGCUCUGCCACUGGACCUGUCCCAGAACCCCCACCCAGACCGCCUCCCCAAAUGGUUUGAAGGCCCCUGCGGAUCAUCAGGCAACCCAGGAGGCAACACCGAGGGGUUUGUGUGCAAGUUCAGCUUCAAAGGCAUGUGCCGGCCCCUGGCCCUGGGUGGCCCAGGCCAGGUGAACUACAGCACCCCUUUCAGGGCCACCACCUCCUCACUGGAUGCUGUGCCCUUUGGUUCUUUGGCCAGCGUGGCCUGCGAAGCUGGGGCUGAGAAUCAGGGCUAUGAACUGCUGUGCAGGGAGAAGAUGAUAGAGGUGUUUGACUGGGGCAUUACCGGGCCCCUGUGUGUCAACCCUGAGUUGGGGUGCACCUUCAACAAUGGGGGCUGUGAGCAGGACUGCUUCGAGGGGGGUUCUGGCUCUUUCCGCUGUGGCUGCCGGCCUGGCUUCCGGCUGCGGGACGACCUGGUGUCCUGCGCUUCGAGGAACCCGUGCAGCUCUAGCCCCUGCAAGGGGGAGGCCACCUGCGUCUCCAGGCCCCACGAGGACACCUACACAUGCCUCUGCCCCCGUGGCUACCAGCUGGAUGCAAGACAGCAGGGCUGUGUAGAUGUGGACGAGUGCCACGACACACCUUGUGCCCAAGGCUGUGUCAAUACAGCUGGGGGCUUCCACUGUGAGUGCUGGCCGGGCUACACAGCUGGUGGCCCUGGGGAGGAGGCCUGUGUGGAUGUGGACGAGUGUGCUCUCAACCUUGCGCCCUGUGCCCAAGACUGCACUAACACCGCCGGCUCCUUCCACUGCUCCUGCCAGCCGGGCUAUGUCCUGUCAGGGGAGGACGCCACCCAGUGUGAGGACAAGGACGAGUGCGCUGACCCCACGGGCAGCCCCUGCCCAGGCCUGUGCUCCAACGUGCAGGGCUCCUUCCACUGUGGCUGCCUGGUAGGCUUGAAGCUGGCCCCCGAUGGGCUCUCCUGUGUCCCAGACCAUGCGUCCACAGUGUCCUUGGCUGGGGUUCUGCCAGAGGAUGAGCAAGAUAGGAAGUGGGGCACCAUGCCUCCCGCCACCAUGUCUCCCUCCAUGCUCGGUCCCACCAGGGGCUCCGAGAGUUUCUCCACGGGUACACUCUCCACAGGAAGGUCCUCCUUGACCUCUGAUGUCCCUACCACGUCUGCCCACGCUAAAGUGUCAUCUCCCAGUGGGAGCCCUGGCCUUGGGACAGAGCAGGGCACCCCCUUGUCCAAAGCUGCUGCUGGCCAUAGCAAGCCAAUGGGUAAGGUCUCUGUGGCUGCUCCAAGUGAGGAUGGUGAGGACGGGCAAAGGCUGCUGCUGUUCUACAUCCUGGGCACGGUGGUGGCCAUCUCCCUCCUGCUGGCACUGGCCUUGGGGCUCCUGGUCUGUCGCAAGCGGAGAGCCAAGCGCGAGAUGAAAGAAAAGAAGCCGCAGAACGCAGCCGACAGUUACGCCUGGGUCCCCGAGCAGCCUGAGGGCCGAGAGAAUCAGUACAGUCCGACACCUGGGUCAGACUGCUGAAGGGAAGUGGCUCGAGGACAAGUCCAGUCAGCUGCCACCACCUUCGGAGUGAAGGGGAAGUCACACCCUCCCAAGCCUGGACUGGAAUUGUAGUACACGGUGGCAUGCCUUCCCCUUACGGCCUUUGACUUGAGAUGCAAAAGGUAUUUUCUCCACGUGGGUGAUAUUUUCUGCGAUGGAAGCUGUGUCCCCAUCACCAUGGGAACUUUGUGAACACUAAGGGUUCCUAUGAGCUCCUCCUUUUCAAAUUCAAAUGCAGCUGACUUCCUUUCUCCCCUGGUUCUGGUCAGGCCAGGGCCCAGUGCCAAGGGCUCCCUUCAUGCCCUGCCCUCUCCUUUCCUCUAGAGCAGAGGGUGGCGGCUGGUGCUGUUAGCACUGAUGGGUUUGUGCCUCUCCCGGAGAGGGCAGCUGGGUCCUUUGAUGAUCUGACUGUACGAGAAACUCUGUGCUGCCAAAGGAACUUGCUCAGACUGGAACCAGCUCUCCCCAUCUGCAUCUGCGCUUCCUUGCUCAGCCCCUCACUGCUGUGGAAGCCUUCAGAAUGGCAGGAAGUGGGAUCACCAGGAAGUAGAGAUCCACAUCCUCUGGUUCUUAAGUUUCUUGCUGUCUUGGAUUUAUUUGCAAGUAAAGUUGGAAAAAUAUGAGAAAAAUUGCGUGAAGGAGUGGAGGGCUUUGGUGUAAGCGUAAGACCUAAGGGCUGGGCAGGGCUUGCUUCCUCUGUACAGAUGGAGGUGAACAUGCUGGACUAUCGAAAAACCUGGGCAGCUCUGAGCGGCAUGGCCCCGUGUGGCCCCUGCUGUGGCUCCUGCAGCUCCCCUGGAUCAAGGAUAGGUGGGUGGGGCAGCAGGUGGGUCUGGGAAGCUGUGUUUUUAAAGCAUUUCAGCACGGGUCACAGGAGAACUUGUACCUGCUGGGACUCAGUCCCACAGGACGCUCAGGGUCCCCCUUUUCCCUCUUCACCUUAGUUAGGGCUGGGAAGGGAAGGGAGAGGGGAAGAGAGAAUAAUUAACACAUUUUGUAACACAUUCUCUGCUUGAGGUCAUUGUACCUGACACACUCAGUGUAAACUUCUUUUACAAAAAUCUCUGCUUGGGCAAAGCGCUCUCCACCUCACAGCCCAGCUUGACUGGAAAGCCGCCUCAGAAGCGAGGCUCGCUGUGAGACAAGCGCAUGGGUCUCCACCAAGACUUCCAGAUCUGGGCCUGGAGCCAUGCGCCCUCCCUGCGGUUCCUGUGUUACACGCGUCUCUCCCAGGAGUUGCCACCCUGGGGCUGGGGUGGACAGCAAUCCACAUCCACUGGGAUGUGGCCUUCGGAACUAAGUAAAUAUCCUUUGUCAGUGCUGAAAUGUGGGAAGUCUAAGCUGGGGGAGACACAGGCAAGAUGGGGGCUGUGCAGGCUUAAUAGGUGCUGGCAAUUUCUGCCUUUUAGUCAUCUUAUGUCCUCCAGGUUUCAAUUGGAGCUUUGGUUUUUAACUUAAUUUUAAUUGUGAAAUUUUUUGUGAUAUUUGGGGUUAAACCCAGGGCCUUUUCACUGAGCUACAUCCAAAUAUCUUGUUUUUUUUUUUUUUUUGUCUGAGACAGGGUCUCACUAAGUGACUAAGUUGCCCAGGCUGGGCUUGAAUUUGCCAUCCUCCUGCCUCAGCCUCCCUCAGCCUCCUAGAGUGCUGAGAUCACAAGCUGGUUUUUAACUUUCCAGGGACCCAAGGCUGCGUCCAUUUGGCAAGAACCUCCACUGGCCACAGGACUCUUGGCAACCUGUUGAGACUGGCUGUCAUUUGCACAGAAACCAUCAGUGACCAUUCAGAGAUUUUAAAGGACACAGCAACAUUUGCACUUGAGAGAAAAAAAUGUGAGCAUGACACCUGUGCCCCUGGGCUGCCACAGUUCUGCCCUGGCACUUGGGGUGGAGGAGACAGUCCUCUUCCUGUGGCCCCUGUAUGCUCUGUGCAGACCCUGUGGGGGUCACUGCAGGUUCUCUUCAUGUCUCACACUGCUCAGCCCCCCUUUCUGGUCUCUAUUUAAAUUCUCCUGUUGGUGGCAACACGUGGCUUCAUCCCUAGGAUGCCCUGACCUUAGGAUGGCAGAUAAGGAAGGCAGUCCCCGCUGAUGACAGCAGCCCCUUCCUUGUGGCGAGUGGAGCUCUUUUUCCAUUCCUAUUGAGAAGCCAGCGUCCGGGGUCUGGCCACCCUCAGACAGUGAAGCCUUAGACUAUCAGCUAUGGCUGAGCCCCCCCGGGAACCCUCAGGAAAAGGGUAGUUUGUUGAUGGCCACCUGGCUGGUGAGUGUUUCCACUGCUGCAGCCUCUGAGCCCCCAAACUAAGAUCCUCACAUCUCAAGCUAGUGGCAGCAUAAAUGGGAGAAGGGAGAAAGCCUUUGAGGGACCGGAGAAGGCACACAUCACAGUUCACAGCAAUGUCACCUGCAUGAGUCUCACAGGGCUGGGGCUGAGGACAGGGAGCUGGGCUGUCCCCUGCUGCCUGCUGGGCAGGGCCCGUGACUCAGUGACAGAGCCAUACGUCUCCCUGGAGAUUCCCCUGCUACCUUCCCCUAUCAUGCGGGCAAAACUGUGGAGUAAAAUGUGAACCACACCCAAGUGCUGCUGUAUCCACUGUGCGCGAUGAGCCAUGCUGGGAAUGAAUUGGUUCCCUCUCAAAGGCACUGACUCUUUCCUUCCUAAGCAUCAGCCUUUGGCUGGGCCGAUUUUCACCAAACAGCCUUCCAGUUGAUGGACGAAAUCACCAGGUACUUCUUUCCAAGCCUCUUUGUCUAUAAAUAUUUCUGGGAAAACUAAGAGAACAGAUGAGAUUUAACAACAAAAAUAGUUACCAAAUUCAAAAUAACUCAGCUUUUAAAAAUGCAAAUAUAGGAAAGCCUUUUCCUAUUAUUCAUCUUACCUUCUCCAUUGUCUGAGUUUGGAAAACAGGAAAACCCUGCUUUCUAGCACCCGCUGAAUGGUUUCAUGGCCCUGCAUAUUUCCAUCACCUUGAACAAUAGUGCAGCAUGGGACUCUAAAUAUGAUCCCUGAAAACAGCUGUCUCUUCUAUGGCUCCAAAACACACACCUAAGUCAGCGUGGUCUGUGGAGCUGGUCAGUGAGACAAAGAGGGCAAUGAUCCAAAAUCUCCAAGUAUUCAGUAAUCAAAGGCCUCAUUCACUCCGGUUUCCCAAGACAGACACUAACAGAAAGGCUGGUUUAAAACGCGGUGUGCCCUGCCCUGCCCUGGAGAGAGUGCCCGCUCCCUCCUGUCUCCCAUCUGGGACAUGGUGAUUCAUGGUCCUUUUCAGAUUUGCUGAGGGUCUGCAGAUUGGGCUUCAGUGUGAAUUAGACAACAGUCAAGGUUUGUUCUGUGAUGUGGUAUGGAAUGUAAGUGUUUGCAAUUGCUUCCUGAACCCAAAAUGAGAAUGUAAAUGUUCAAAAAUAUGUGUAUUUGAAGUGUGAUUGGCUAAUUCUGGACUUGCAGGGUUUCUGAGCAGCACUGGUUUGCUUCCUGGGUAAACGUUUCCCAGGCCGUGGUGGUGGUGGGGGCGUUACGAGGCUCCAACCAAAGGUCCUGCCAAGUGUGGCUAUUUCACAUGGAGCUUUCUGUUAUUCAUCUAUGCUAAUAAACUCCAGAACUCA